UUUUUUUUCCCCUAUGUGCUUAGUAUCUUGGAUUUAGGAAGGAGUGUAGGCUUCAGGCCUAAGAUAUCCCCCCCUUCAACUUCGAGCAGAGGAGCAAGACGGUAGGGGACUGAGAGGUGGUGAUGUUGAUGCUACCCUACAGUAAACCGAUAUCGGUAACCACAUCUCAUCAUCACUUUGCAAUAUGCAAGGUCUUUAUGAAAUCACACCGACGUCAGGGAUCUCCCGCCAUGAUCCUGGCUAUAUUCGCAUCCGAUUCAUUUUACAGCCCAUCGCAGACGAUUUCGUCCCCUUGAGCGCAACCCCAUGACGCCCGGGCCGGAACUUACGGAGCUCAAGUGGCAUGACAACAUGAAAAAAAGAUCCUGCAUCUGCCGGCAGGGCUGGUGGGGGGCUGCCAAAUCCCGAGCUUGCCGGGUCUUUGCGAUAAUCGAUGGUUGUGGUCAUGGUGUUGUGAUAUGUCGCGGUACUUGUCUCAGUGCGCAGGUUAAGCUUCACUGUAUGCCUACCUACCCUAAAGGAUUGUUCGUCACUGCUGGCGGUGUGAUGGUUCCGCGGGACAUUGGGCUGACAAAUGGUCUGCGUCAAGGUGUUAUAGCAUCGACCGGGAUGAGACAAAGCCCUUGUAUCGGUACUCGCGCGUCGUUGUGAUGUCUUUCACGUCAUCGACGCCGGCUGUCCAACCACCAAGCCGCAUCAACACUUUCUCGCACGGCUGUCACGAGAUGUUGCCCAUCCUACUUCUCCCCUCCAGGGUUUUGCCCAAUCGGCGUUGGUGGAAGUCAACAGCUUAUGCACUUGUGAGGCCAGAGGAGUGAAAGCUCCUGGCAGGGGAGUGUGAUCGGAGCAUGCGAAUGACGAAGGUAUGAGCAAGGGCUUCUAUAUAAGACUAUGUAAG